AUGGAAAAGAAUAAUAUAAAUCAAAUAUCAAGAGAAUUCUUGGCAUCAUUAAUGUCAUUCUCUGAUAGAGAUGCAAGAAGAAGAACAAGAAAUCAAAUCAUUGAUCAGUAUCAUAACAAACUGUCACAUAAUUAUAACCCAGUUCCAAUUAAUAUUGAAAUUAAAGUGAUUAAAACAACAUUUAAAGAACCUUUAUACUACCAUUUAUUGAUUGAUGUUUUACAAUCAAAUACAGUACCACAACAAUCAGAUAGUAAACAAUAUAGUUUUGAAACUUUUUGGGAUGAAGAUUUAUCUUUUAAAUUUUUAAAAGAAAAUAUAUUAGUAAAAGAAAGAGGAAUUAAUAUAGAAAUUAAAGUUAUAAAUGAAAAGAUACCUUCAUUAUUUUGUGAUACACUUAGGACUUGUUCAAGUACAAAUGUAUUGAUCAAAUCAGAAGAUAUUAAAUCAAAAGGAUUGGAAGCAUGUUCAUUCUAUUUUGAAAAGGAUUUGAUGAAUUUUGAAGAGACCCAACAAUUGGGAUCAAUUCAAUUUCAAGUCAACCUAUCACCAAUCGAUCAUUUUGGUGUAAAAUAUUGGAAAAGAUUACCUGUUUUUGAUCCAGACGUUAAAAUUCCAAAUUAUAUAAUGCCAAGUCCAAGUUUUGUAUUUCAUGAUGAAUUUAAUGAAAUCAUUGUAGCAUUUGUAAUUAUUUAUUGGUUGGCAAGAGGAGAGAAACAUGCAUGGGAUAUGAUACCACCAAAUGUACAAACUAGAGAAACGGAUCAUAAAAACUCUGAUCAAUUCUUUGUACAACGUCGUUUGAGUGGUUGUAAUCGUCCAUACAAUCAUUUUGAAAAAGUCCUAAACAAACCAUGGACCCAUGAAUUACCACUGUCAUUUGGAGAUUAUGAAAUUAAACCAGAUGUAUGGUUACCAAGAAGAACUAAUCUAAGAUUCAGUCUUGAUCAAGAAACCAAUGUAUUAAAAAUAGUUGGUGCAACUUAUCAAAUGGAAUUGGAUCAACCUCUAGUAACUAUAUAUUCUGAUGAAUUAUCAGAUGCUGAUCGAUCAAGAUUACAAAGUUUUGAUCAAUCUUUGGAUUCAAACCUUCUGAGUUCAAUUUCAACACUUGGUUGGAAAGAAUUUAAAGAUCGUUAUAUGAUGAUUGAAUUUAAUUAUAAUAUAACAUGGGCACAUGUUGGAGUACAUUUUAUAGUAGAGUCUUAUGGUAUGGCAUUUUAUAGAAACAUUGUAAACAAUCCAAUUAGAGAGUUGUUGUGGCCACAUCUAGAUGGUGUAGUCUUUAACAAUUGGUUGGUGGUACGUCCCAUGCCAAAGGGUGUCGUUACAAUGGCUGCUGCUCUCACCUAUGAGGGUCAAGUUCAAAUGUUGGAGGAAAAGUUUAGACAUCUCUCGUAUCGUUGGACACCUCGACCAGAAGACGAGAUUUCAAAGGUUCAAGACAAUACUUAUGAUCGUGCAGACAAUGCCAUCUGGAAUGCACUCAAAGAGUAUGUCGAAGAGUUUUUUGUCACGCAUCAAGAUAAAAUAUUGUUCCAUUGGAAAGAGAUUGAAUUAGUCUCUGACGAUUUGGUAUCACAUUCACUCAACAAGGAUGCAUCGGCCAACAAUAUUGGAUCUAUCGACGAUCUAUGUCAUCUUGCCACCUAUUUAAUAUACCAAGCUGUUUUUAGACAUGCUUGGAUUCAUUGGAAGGCAUGGGAUGAUGAAGCAACCGCCGUUGUCUUUAAUCGAAAUGGCUCUACUUCUCUCAAGGACAUACUGUACUAUGAAAACCUUGGUAAUGCUAUUGAAGCAGGCGUACAAUAUCCAUCACCCUAUGUUCGUCACUACCCCAUUCUUGACCAUGAAUUCCCAGGUCCUCCAAGCCUUCAACAAAAACUUUGGCAAGUUUCAAAUGAAAUUAAUCCUGGUAUUUCAAUCUCUUCUUUAGUAAUGUCUCCAAAUAUUUAA